AUGGAGGACUUGGUAGAGUAUCAUGGGCCCAUUGGUAGAAGCAGGACAGAGGAGAUCUUGAAUGUGCCAGGCUGCAAUGGCAGCUAUCUGAUCAGAGACAGCAUGAGCUCACUUUGGCAUUACUGCAUCUGUGUGCUGUGUGACGGGUGGGUGUACACCUACAGAGUAUUCAAACAAACGAAUGGCCUCUGGAAAAUGGAGAUGGCUCCCGGGAUGAAGGAAAGACUCUUUAGGAAAGUCAAUAACAUCAUUGCUGUCUUUAAAAUCCCAGGGCAAGGCAUAUCGGUUCCUCUCCUCUAUCCUGCAUACAAAACUAAACAUUAA